AAUGGGUCGAGUUUUCAAAAAGAAAGGAGGUGCUAAACGUGAAGCCGAAGAGGAGAAGCAAGAAGAGUUGGUUAUGCGAAAGAAGUUGAGAAAAGAGGAAGAACCAGAACCAGUUGAAGACGUAGAAGAAGAUGAAGAUGUGAGCGAUGAGGAUGAUGAAGAUAUUGACGAUGAAGAAGAGGAUGAAGAUGAGCAGAACAUUAUGGAUUUCGAUUUUGAAGCAUAUCCACCAUCGGAAGAUGAUCGUGAUGGUAUUGUGAACAUGCUCACUCAGACAUUCCUAAGAACAGAUAUUGACUUGAAAGCAAUGUCAGAAGGAAUCAUCGCUAAAGCACCUCAUGGAGUCGUCUUGACUCAAGCUUACGACGAUGAGGAAACCGAAGAAGAUUAUAUGGCUUACGGGUUAUGUACAACAGUUCCUCUCAAUGAUAAUAAGGAUGAUGCUCCAAAGUUUAUCAAAGACUUAUUCACAUAUGUUUUGAAUCGUGCAAAGAAAGGAGCUCCUACUGAAAUUUACAAGAAAAUUGAAGAAAUUCAAGUUUCUGGUGAUGGUAAAUCGGCGUUGUUUGUCAACGAAAGACUUCUCAAUUUUCCGACUAUUGUCGUUCCUCAAAUCUUUGGAAGCAUUCGUGAAGAUUUGUCCGGCUUUGAAACGAAAUAUAAAACUAUCAUCUACAUACAGAAACUGCGCAUUGUUGAAACUGAUGGAUCAGAAGCAAAAGUUGGCGCCAGCUCAAACGGAUCUAGUGGAGUAGCUGGAAAAAAGAAAGGAAAAAUGGGAAAAGCCGAAAAGAAGCGAGCUGCUGCGGCUGCACUAGCAAAUGCUGAAAUCGAAUUCGACAAUCCAGAAGAUAGAGUUCUAUUUGAGAUCAAAGAAGGAAAAGAAAUUCAUUUCGACUAUCCAGUUCACAUGGAUGUAGAGCCUGGAAGUAAAUUCCACAGUACCGAGAAGGAUGGAAAGAAAUGGAAUCCAUUCCGUCGCCUUGUCAUCAUGGAUGACAAACGUUUCGAUGCAUUUUUGAAGAAAGGAUCCGAUGGAAUUAUAAUUUAAUUCUUUUGAUAUAACUUUAUGUUAGAUCAAUUUUUAUACAAUUUUUACUGUUGCUGUUGUUGUUGUGUUUUUUAUUUUAAAAAUAACUU